GAAGUUAGUCAGUUUCUCUUCUUCCUGUGCACCUGAUGCACAGAGGGCACCACUCUGCUGUGCUGCAUGCAGGCUGUGGAAUGAGAAAUUAGAAGACCGACAACAGAAAAGCGUUCCUCAGGGUCUUCACUUGUGCCUGGAGGCCUGAACCUGAGGCUCUGGAUUCGACCUUUUGAGAUAGAAAACAUGACCCUUCAGCCUUUGCUUCUGACCUGCCUUUUCCUACUAAUUUCCGAUUCCUGUGAGUUCUUCACUGAAGUAAAUUAUUCCAGAAGAAGCUAUCCUUGCGAUGAGAAAAGACAAGGUGUCUCUGUUAUUGCAGAGUGCAACAAUCGCCGAUUGCAAGAAGUUCCCCAAACCGUGGGCCAAGACGUCACGAAACUAGACCUGUCUGAUAAUUUAAUCACACAUAUAACAAAUGAAUCCUUUCAAGGGCUGCCAAAUCUGACUGAAAUCAAUCUAAACCGCAACGUCCUGCUACAGUCCUACUCUGGCAAUUAUGAUAAGAAUGAAAAAGGCAUGAAUAUUACAGACGGGGCAUUCCUCCACUUGCAAAACCUAGUGGUGUUACUGUUAGAAGACAACCAGUUAAACAAAAUACCCACUGACUUGCCAGGGUCUUUGAGAAGUCUCAGUCUAAUUCAAAACAACAUAAUUUCUGUAACUAAAAACAACACUUCUGGACUUAAGAAUUUGGAAAGGCUCAAUUUGGGCUGGAACUGCUAUUUUGGCAAUGUUUGUAAUAAAACUUUUAUUGAAGACAGGGCAUUCGAAAAGAUUACAAAUUUGAAGGUGUUAAUACUAUCCUUUAAUAACCUUUCCCACGUGCCACUCAACCUGCCAAGCUCCUUAACAGAACUGUAUCUUAGCAACACCAAUAUCAACAACAUUAGUAAAGAAGACUUCAACAAUCUGGAAAAUUUAACAGUUCUAGAUUUAAGCGGGAACUGUCCAAGGUGUUUCAAUGCGCCGUUUCCUUGUACACCCUGUGCAAAAGACGCCUCGAUUUUUAUACAUCCCAAUGCUUUUGAUAGCUUGACCAAACUUAAAUACCUCAACCUCUCUAGCACUUCCCUCCGGAAGAUUAAUCCAGGCUGGUUUGACAAAAUGCAUAAUCUGAAGGAGCUGCAUCUUGAAUUCAACUACUUGGUACAAGAAAUAGCCUCUGGAGAAUUUUUAACAAAACUGCCCAGCUUAGAAGUACUUGACUUAUCUUUUAACUAUGCAAAGACACAAUAUCCACUCUAUAUUAAUCUUUCCCGUAACUUUUCUCAUCUUAGAUCUCUCCGUGCUUUGCACUUAAGAGGCUAUGUGUUCCAGGACCUCAGAUAUGAAGAUUUCAAGCCCCUGAUGAACCUCUCAAAUUUAAGUACUAUCAACUUGGGUAUUAAUUUUAUUAAUCAAAUUAAUUUUUCCAUUUUCCAAAAUUUCCCCAACCUAAACGUCAUUUACCUGGCAGCAAACAGAAUAUCGCCCUUGGUAAGGGGUAAUAGGCAAAGUUGUGUGAACUGCUCCACUCUCCAAAGUCCUGUCCGUAUAUCACGCUCAGCAGAUAGUGAGUUUGACCCACAUUUGAAUUUUUAUCACACCACCAUGCCUUUAAUAAAGCGACAGUGUACAGAUUAUGGCAAAGCCAUAGAUUUAAGCUUGAACAGUAUUUUCUUUAUUGGGCAAAAGCAAUUUGAAGCUUUUCCUAGCAUUUCCUGCUUAAACCUGUCUUCAAAUGGCAAUGCUCAAGCAUUAAAUGGAAGUGAAUUUUCAGCUCUGCCUCAUAUCAAAUACUUGGAUCUUACACACAAUAAACUGGACUUUGAUGAUGAUAGUGCUUUCAAUGAAUUGCCAGAGUUAGAAGUUCUAGAUCUCAGCUACAAUGCACACUAUUUCCAAAUAGCAGGGGUGACGCACCGUCUAGGAUUCAUUAAAAAUUUAACACGGCUGCAAGUUUUAAAUCUGAGCCACAAUGACAUUUAUACCUUAACAGAGUACAAUCUGAGUAGUGUGUCUCUGACAGAAUUAGUUUUCAGUGGAAACCGCCUUAACAUUUUGUGGAAGGCUGCAGAUAAGAGGUACAGGUACAUUUUCAGAAAUCUCAAAAAUCUAACACGGCUUGAUUUAUCCUUUAAUAACCUUGAUCAUAUCCCAGAUGAAGCAUUCAUUAACUUGCCCAGGAAUCUCACCAACCUAUAUAUAAAUGAUAAUAAGUUAAAUUUCUUUAACUGGACAUUACUCCAGUACUUUUCUGAUCUCCACUUGCUUGACUUAAGUAGAAACCAACUAGAUAAUUUAACAUAUAGCAUAUCUGAAUUCGCAAAAUCUCUUCAGACGCUACUGCUGAGUGAAAACAAGAUUUUCUGCCUGCCCUCUGGCUUUGUUUCAGAAAACAGCAUUCUGGUAUACCUCGAUUUAAGUUCCAACCAACUAAAAAUGAUCAACAGAUCCACAUUUCAAAUGAAAAAAGAGAAUACUCGCUUAGCCGUUUUGAAACUAGAUGGAAACCCCUUUGACUGUACCUGUGACAUGGGGGAUUUUCUAAGAUGGAUGGAUGAAAAUCCAAAUGUCACAAUUCCUAAGCUGACAGAUGUUAUUUGUACCAGUCCUGGGGAUCAAAGUGGGAAGAGUAUUGUGACUCUUGAGCUGACCACGUGUGUUUCGGACACCACUGCGGCCAUAUUAUGUGUCUUUACGUCUUUCAUCACCAUCAUGGUUAUGUUGGCCGCCGUGGCUUACCACUGGUUUUACUGGGAUUUUUGGUUUAUUUAUCACAUGUGUUUAGCUAAGGUCAAAGGAUACCGGUCUCUUUCCACAUCCCAAACUUUCUAUGAUGCUUAUGUUUCUUAUGACACCAAAGAUGCCUUUGUUACAGACUGGGUGAUCAAUGAGCUGCGCCUCCACCUAGAAGAGAGUGAAGAAAAAAAUGUGCUCCUCUGUUUAGAGGAGAGAGACUGGGACCCAGGAUUAGCCAUCAUUGACAACCUCAUGCAGAGCAUCAACCAAAGCAAGAAAACAAUAUUUGUCUUAACCAGAAAAUACGCAAGAAGCUGGAGCUUUAAAACAGCAUUCUACUUGGCCUUGCAGCGGCUAAUGGAUGAGAACAUGGAUGUGAUUCUAUUCAUUCUGCUGGAGCCAGUGUUACAGCAUUCUCAGUACUUGAGGCUGCGGCAGAGAAUCUGCAAGAGUUCCAUCCUCCAGUGGCCUGACAACCCCAAGGCAAAAGACUUGUUUUGGCAAAGUCUGAAAAAUGUGGUCUUAACUGAAAAUGAUUCACGGUAUAACAACUUGUAUGUUGAUUCCAUCAAGCAAUACUAAUUGAUGUUAAAUCGUGGUUUACCAACAUCAUCCAAAGGCCAAGCAAUGACCCUUUUGCCUUAGUAAUCUAUUGCUAUGUAAGAAAUUAUCCCAAAACGUAUGGCUUAAAAUGAAACAAUUUGUUAUGUCGUGGUAUCUGAAGGUCAGGAGUCCAGUGUGGCUUAGUUAGGCUCUCUGCUCGGGGUCUCUCAAAAGCUGCAAUCUAGGUGGUAGCCAGGGCCACAGGCAUCUCCUGGGGGUAGGAUUGCAAUCCUUGAGAGACCACAAACUCACACUCAUGUGGUUGUUUUCAGGAGUUGCUUCCUUCUGGGCUGCUGGCCAAAGGCUGCUCUCAGUUCUCGGCCACAGGGACCUCUCCCACAUGGCAGUUUGCUUCAUCAGAGCCAGCAAGAGACAGAGUUUGCUGGCAAGGCAGAAGUCACCUUUUCUUUUUGUUGUUGUUGUUAAUCCUCACCCUAAGGAUAUUUUUUUCAUUGAUUUUUA